AUGGAGAAUAUCGAGCGUGUCUUCGUGCUCCUACUUCCCGAGUCGGGCUCACCACUGCUCACGUUGGCGUCCGUGCUCCGCAGUACUGCGCACCCAAACUCGACUCCUGUCUGGACUGAGUUUUGGGAAGGUAGUGCAUCUCACAAGGCUAUUACUAUGCCGUCCGGAGAGUUGUACGACGUCUGGUACCCCGCCUCGCGAUCUCAGUUGUCGCACUGUGAAACAGCGCGGCGUGACUGGGGCUUGGACUGGCGUGGACCUUUGCUGAUAGCGCGUCUCGAUGAGACCAACGCUUCGGUGCACGUAGGAAUCGAGCCGGAAUGUGAGUGGCAGUCACAAUUGGCAAAGGAUGCCGCGAGGUAUCUUAUACAGGAGUACGACAUGAACAUGAGACGCACAUGGUCAUGGAACGUGGUAGAGGAUGACGACGAAGAAGUCGAGGCACAAGAAGGGCAGGACGAGGAAGAGGAUCUGGAUGCCGAGAUUUCAGAUAUUGAAGAAGGCGUGGACGAAGAUAGCGCGGACGAAGAUAAUAUUGACGAGACUACCGUGGAAGAGAGUGGAGACAGGAUCGAAAGCGAGGAUUUGUGA